UAGGAGUAAAAUGCUCCAUUUGAACCCAUUUUGCCCUUAGUUUUUCACUUUGUUAAUGCAGUCCUGCUUAAAUGAGUGCCUUUAUUGGGUCAGUUAGAAUAUCUGAAACUAUUAAUUCUCUUGUAUUGAAUAGCUGGUGGCAGGCCAGAGCAGAUGGGGUAGAAAACUAUUUGGUUGGGUGUAUUGCUUUCAAUUAGGAUCAAUGAGGUUUCAGCUCCUUUGAAUUAACUCACUUAAUACCCACUGUGUGAAGUCACAAUGUGUCACAACAGUCUGCUAUAAGUAGAGAGGGAAGUUGAGAAGUCCUGCAGAAAAGCUUUGAGUCAGAUUCUUCCUUCACUGUUAAUAAAGAGUUUUCAUUAACUACAGAUGCAUUUCAGUGGACUUCUAGUCCUUGUUGGUAAACCAGGUUUAAGCAAAAGAUAAUCUCUACUUUACAACUGUAAUGUCUUAGAAAGGAGUAUGUUUUUCAUUUGAGUAAAACAAUACAGUGAGAACUUUCUGCAGUUCAGUGUAAAUCUGUUUUUGCAAAUAUCUGGGUUUGGAGACUACCUUUGCAGCACUUACAAUUGUUAAUUUUGCAGAUGGGUAUCAGAUCAUUCAAAAUUAUUUUGUAAACUGUUGAAUGAUUGCAGAGUAAAGCAUUAGUUUUCACUGUAUCAGCUAAGAAGCUGUAUCAUAAGGUAAAGAAACUGACUGAAAUUAAUCUCCUUCUAAAUUCUAAUUCUCACUAUUUCUCUGUAUCCUUUCAUUUUGGUAUUAUGCAUUGUCCAGAUUCUAAGAUGCAACAGAAUUGUUCAUAUGCAAAAAUUACCCUACACGCUUUUUCUCUUCUGCAUGAAACAAGCAGGGACUGAAAAGCAUUUUACAGAAUUAUGUUGGCAUUGACUGUUCAUCUUUGUUACACGUUUUGGCCCUAUUAAAUUUUUAGAAGUGUGCAAAAAUUGUUAUAGCAAUCUUUAUAUGUCUGCAUUAAAAAAAAAGAAAAGAAAAAGAAAAAACAUAUCCAGGAAUAUUUAUUAGGGAGGACUGUCAAAUGGGUUGCAGCCUGCCUCAGUGUGUUAAAUAAUGAGGGAGAAAAACUAUCCAUGCAGCUGGCUGCUUGAGAAAAUGCUGAAGUAGUCUCAGAUGCACAGGCAUUCUGCUAGCCCCUUCCACGAACAGACUUCUAGGUGAGAAUCUCCAGGGAUCCGGGUUUUGUUGACGUGGAUCAAUUUAAAUGGCAAUUACUGUAGUCAGAUAACAGCUUAAAAAGCCUUUUUACACAUAGAAAAGAUGCAUAAUCACACUGCAUAUGGAAGUUCAAUUUUGUGAGCCAUGGUUUGGAGAUUUACAGUGUACUUGAUAUUAAGACUGACUUUUAAAAUGGAAUAUCAUUCAGUUUUAUUAAAAUGCAUUGCACCUUUGACACAUUACUUUCUAUUUUAAAGUUGAUUCUGUCUGCACCUGUGUUGAUGAAAGGUUGUAUUUCCAACUGUGAAAAUGUUUUCUCCUUCAUGUAGAAUACAUAAUUUUUAAAACCAACAGAUUCAGACUGAUUGGUUUUUAAACAGGGCACUAAAUAAAACAAAAAUAAUGCCAAGUUCUUUAAAGUCCUCUCUGGCAUAGACUUAAUUGAUUAUUACUCUCCCCUGCCCCUUCUUCCCUUCCCCCAGAAAGCCAUCUCUCAUAAAAGUGUUUAUGCUUGGCUCUCAAAUACAUUGACAUCCAUUAUACAGAACCUCAUUACAACUGUCGUCUGAGUAAGAUGAACAAAAAGAUUGGUCUCCUAAAUAAGAUGCAUUAUGAUAUUAGUGACAGAACAGAGUAAUCACGAUGAAUUUUUUUAUUAAACAUUUUGAAUUUGGGGCUUCACUAGUUGAAGAAGAAAAGCUUAUGGGUGCUGCUUUAAGUGCCAUUAAAAGUUCUAUUUUUCUGACGUUUUUCUCAAAGAUGACACUUUUUAUUUUUUAGUAGUAAAUAUUCAUGGGCAGAGGGAAUCAGAGAUGGAAAGGCUGUUAGGAUUUUUCUAUGUUCCAAAAUAGAUUUUAUCAGCACUUUGUGGCAGCUUAAGGAAGGAAAAGGAAGGCCUGGAAGCACGAUUGUUUCUGCAUUGUAGAGGCAGCAGAUAUGAAGGGAAAUCAAGAGACUGCAUACAUUAAACAUAUAAAAACUCUUGUCUUUAUGAAUCUUUCAUAUUAAAAUAAUACGGUUUCUGAAGAUUCUGAAUGGAAUCUUUUAUUUUUUUAUAUCUAUAUGGAAUUUGAAUAUACAUUGAAAAGGCAAAGGAAAGCAUGUGUUUAAUGAUUUGCUAUAAAUGUUUUUGUUAGUAAAACAGUGAAGAUUUUGCAAGUAUUAAAUUGGAGGAGAGUUUUUGAAAAAACAGAUUUCCCUCGUGCUUGGAAUCUUAUAUAAGCCUAAAUGUGCUACAGAAGGCAUGUGUCAGGCGUAUGUUUCUCCUAUGAGGCAAGGAUGUUUUACAAAGGACUAAAGAGGGACUGCUGAGAGGAAAAUAGCCAGCUUUAGAUAAAGCACUAUAACAAAGACUUGUAGUUUUAUGUAUCAUGGUGUCCAUUAAAGCUUAAUAGGGAAGAGUGCAUUGAACCUAGCUAGGCAUAUGUUAUUCAUGUGAAGGAUAAACAUUUAAGGGGUGUUCAGAAAUCAGGAGGACAUGAUUGUUUAGCUUUUGAAAAAGCUUUACAGGGAAGAUUUUGUUUUCAUCCCCCAUGGAUCACCAUGCAAGGUAAAGGAGAGUAGCUGCAAAUGUUUGGAGCAUAUCAAUGCAGGAAUCCCAGGGGGUUAAAAGCACCAUAGUAAAAUAAAAGUGGUCUGCUUCUAAGUGUGUUCUAUUUUAUACAUACUACUGAGAAGCUGACAAAGGGAAUGAUUUUGAUACUCUGUUCACUGUGAUAAAAUGGCACAAUUAGAUGAAGGAAAAAAGGAAAAAAGAAAAAAUCUUUAAAUAUAUCUUCUUACAUAUUUUGAAUUUCCAACUAAAUAAACAACCAUGGUCUUAUGGAGUUCAAAAGUAUGGCUGUUAAAAUAAUAAAUGAGAACAUGUUUUCCACUUUUUGAGGAGAACUGGUUGUAAUAGAUGCUCUGCUUUAAUUGCUUGCAGUUAAAGAAAGGGUUAACUUUUAAAGAAAAAAAUGAAUAAUUCAGUGUUCAUCUUAUCACUCUGCAUUUUACUUUCUAUUCUUUGGUCCUCUGGAACUUGCUGUGAAAGGUAGAGUAAGAGGAGUCAGCUGAGGGGAGCUGGGGUUGUGAUAAUUUGCACACACAUCCCUGUCAUUGUUCUGCCUGAAGAGACAGGGCUGGGUUCAAGGCCACAUGUGCUCCUGUCAUCAUUCACAUUUCUGCUCCAAGUGCAAUACAGAGUGUCAGCUCUCCAUCUGUCUUUGCCUGGCAAACGCACGCGCCUAGCAUCCUGCCUCCAGCUAUGCUGCCACAGCCAGUUCUGAUGGCCCUCCUCGCUUUUCUGUGCUCAUUCCAGAACAGGAGGCACUGAGCCCUAAAUAAGCUUGCUUUUAGGAGAGAGCCAUUUACAGUGUAUAUUUUAUUCAAGGAUGCCUGAUCGCACUGAGAAGCAUUCCACAAUGCCAGACUCACCUGUGGAUGUGAAGACGCAAUCCAGGCUGACGCCUCCAACAAUGCCACCUCCUCCCACUACCCAAGGAGCUCCAAGAACCAGUUCAUUCACACCCACAACGUUAACCAAUGGCACUAGCCAUUCACCAACAGCAUUAAAUGGAGCUCCAUCUCCACCUAAUGGCUUUAGCAAUGGGCCAUCAUCUUCCUCUUCAUCCUCUCUGGCUAAUCAGCAGUUACCACCAGCUUGUGGAGCAAGGCAACUCAGCAAACUGAAGAGAUUUCUUACAACCUUACAGCAGUUUGGCAAUGACAUUUCACCAGAGAUUGGGGAGAGAGUUCGUACCCUUGUGCUAGGACUUGUGAAUUCUACUUUGACAAUUGAAGAAUUUCAUUCCAAACUGCAAGAAGCUACUAACUUCCCACUGCGACCUUUUGUCAUCCCAUUUUUGAAGGCCAAUCUGCCCCUGCUGCAGCGGGAGCUCCUGCACUGUGCAAGGCUGGCCAAGCAGAACCCCGCCCAGUACCUCGCUCAGCAUGAACAGCUGCUUCUGGAUGCCAGCACCACCUCACCUGUUGACUCCUCAGAGCUGCUUCUCGAUGUGAACGAAAACGGGAAGAGGCGAACUCCAGACAGAACCAAAGAAAACGGCUUUGACAGAGAGCCUUUGCACUCAGAGCAUCCAAGCAAGCGGCCCUGCACUAUUAGCCCAGGCCAGCGGUACAGUCCAAAUAAUGGCUUAUCUUAUCAGCCCAAUGGUCUGCCUCACCCCACCCCACCUCCACCUCAGCAUUAUCGUUUGGAUGAUAUGGCCAUUGCCCACCACUACAGGGACUCAUACAGACACCCCAACCACAGGGACCUCAGGGACAGAAACAGACCUAUGGGGUUGCAUGGCACACGACAAGAAGAAAUGAUUGAUCACAGGCUAACAGACAGAGAAUGGGCAGAAGAAUGGAAACACCUUGACCAUCUGUUAAACUGCAUCAUGGACAUGGUGGAAAAAACAAGGCGAUCUCUCACUGUACUACGGCGAUGUCAAGAAGCGGACCGUGAAGAGCUUAAUUACUGGAUACGGCGGUACAGUGAUGCAGAGGAUUUAAAAAAAGGUGGUAGCAGCAGCAGCCAUUCCAGACAGCAGAGUCCAGUGAAUCCAGAUCCAGUCCCAUUAGAAUCACAUCGGGAAUUCCUUCAUAGGCCUGCUUCUGGAUAUGUGCCAGAGGAGAUCUGGAAGAAAGCUGAGGAAGCAGUCAAUGAAGUAAAACGUCAGGCGAUGACAGAGUUGCAAAAGGCAGUGUCAGAGGCAGAACGGAAAGCCCACGACAUGAUCACUACAGAGAGAGCUAAAAUGGAGCGCACUGUUGCAGAAGCCAAGCGACAGGCUGCAGAGGAUGCAUUAGCUGUUAUCAAUCAACAGGAAGAUUCAAGUGAG